CACUUCCGUGUAAUCAAAAUGGAAACAGUGCUAAAGUAGCUUUAAAAUAGCAUCAAUCUUGUUAUUUUUCCGGACUUUUGUGCAUUUUCCAGCACUUUUUGAGUUCACUUUAAUAGCAGGCUGCUCGUGUGAAAGCUAACGUUGUCGAAGAAGUUCGUAUUUAGGGGAAAAUUUCCAACUAAAGUGACCAAAACAAGAAAUAUCCUCGAAGCUAACAUUAGCUCAGUUUAACCUAAGCUAAACACAACCUUAAAAUCAGCUUGCCUUACACUUUUCUGCGAUAAAAUCGGUCAAAUUAUUCAUUAUCUAUUUAAAGUUUGGACCGGACGACAGCAGGAUGCAUCGGAGAGGAGUCGGUGCGGGAGCUAUCGCCAAAAAGAAGCUCGCAGAGGCCAAAUAUAAAGAAAGAGGAACUGUUCUUGCAGAGGACCAAAUUGUCCAGAUGUCGAAGCAGUUGGAGACCUUCAAGUCCAACCUGGAGGAGUUUGCCAGCAAACAUAAACAAGAAAUCCGAAAGAAUCCUCAGUUCAGGGUUCAGUUUCAGGAGAUGUGCGCCACCAUCGGAGUCGACCCACUCGCCUCUGGAAAAGGUUUUUGGUCUGAGAUGCUCGGCGUCGGUGACUUCUAUUAUGAGCUCGGUGUACAGAUUAUCGAAGUGUGUCUGGCCCUGAAACACAGAAAUGGAGGGCUCAUUACUUUGGAUGAACUCCAUCAGAGAGUGCUGAAGGGAAGAGGUAAAUACGCUCAGGAUGUGAGCCAAGACGACUUGAUGAGAGCCAUAAAGAAACUGAAGGUGAUGGGUAACGGUUUCGGGAUGAUUCCUGUCGGCGGUUCUUACCUGGUGCAGUCGGUCCCAGCAGAGCUCAACAUGGACCACACUGUCGUCCUGCAGCUGGCUGAGAAAAAGGGCUUCGUCACAGUGAGCGAGAUCAAGGACAGCCUGAAGUGGGAGAAGGAGCGGGCUUGUCACGUCCUGGAUCACCUGCUGAAGGAGGGCUUGGCCUGGUUGGACUCUCAGGCAGCUGGCGAGGCUCAGUACUGGCUGCCCGCUCUCUUCUCUGAGCUCACCUCCCGUGACGUCACGCCAGAGGAGGCCAAUCAGAUGACGCCUUAGGACCUCCAGCUGGCGACAGCAUUAGAGACAUGUUGGUAAACAAAAUGUGCCAAAAAAGGUUUGGAGGGCUCAUGUGACGGCGUUGGCUGGGCAAACUCCCUCUGAGAUCAUUUUGUGGACACGAGGAGGGACAACCGUCCUCAGCGGCUUCUGUGCAGCGAGUGCACGCGCGUUAUCGACACCACGCUGCGUAUGAGCGUCGUGUUGCAGGUGUCACGGUUUAUGGAUGGUUAUGGGUCGACGUACACAAGAACUGAUAAAAUGUUCAUGUAUAAAUAAUAACUUUUAAAAGAAUCCAUCAGCAUUGAGAUUUUUAUUAUAUCAGCAGGAGCAUUUAAAUGCACGUACAUUCAUUUGAUUUCAUCAUUUACAUAAAUUGUCACGUCGCUCGUCCACAUUUUAUUCCUUCACACACACUUUAAAAUCAGCGGAAAUUAAGAGUUAAAUAAACACUUACAGCAGAUCAUCAACUUCAUCUGAAUGAAAAAUUACACUGUGGAUAUAGAAUUGUAGUUAGUACAUUCAAUUUUAAAUGUAAUGUGCAAAAUAUUUUAAAUUCAUCUACUUAAAGGAGCAUUAUUUGGUUUAAGCAUGUUUUAGACUUUUUACUACAAAUCACACGUUCCUCCCUGCUGUUUAUGUUCCAAAGCAUACGGCAAGUUUUUAUUUUUACAUAAUUGUCAGUAAUUUUAGUGCAUAUGAAAAUCAGUCGUCAGUUUCUUUUUUUUUAGUUUUCUGAUGACAGUUAGUACUUUUACAGUAUUGAUUGAAAGGAAUCCAAAUUAGAUGAUACCAAUAGCUGAUAUCGAAUGUCGGGUUGCAUUCAUGAUCUUAUUUCUUUUUUUGGUGAUAAUUCCUGAUUUAAAAAUCUGCACAUCGAGAUGACUAAAGAAGAAAGAAACAGAGUCCGCAGACUAGACUGUUCUGCCAUAAAUAUUUAUUUAAUAUGCCAAAUGUAUCUUUCAACAUGAAACACGGCCUUUUUCAAAUCUGAAAGUUAGAUGAUCGACUGCAAAUGCUGACGUUUCUUCAGUGAAAUACAUAGAAAACAAUGAACAUAUUAUCAUUAUCUUGUUCAUUUGUCAAGUAUAUAUGUGUUCUCUUCUGAUCUGUGUGACAUAAAUGCAAGAGAAUUUCAGUAAAUUUCACCAUUUAUUCUGAGAUUUUCCCACAAAACAACAAGAAAAAACGAUUCAUGGUAUCCUACUUUCUAUGUUUUUGAAACAUUUAUUUAUAUUAGGGCCUCAUUUUUAUAUUACUGCAUUCCAUGAAUUUUAAAAAAUUUAAGGAGCUGCAGAAACUCUGAUAAAAAGGACAAAUUAAUAUUUGAAUUCAACAGCAAACUUUAUUGUUUAGAAUAUGUCUGCUGGUUUACAACAGGCAACAUUUAAUAUUUUUGUACUUCAAUACAGAAACACUGAAUGUACAAAAAGUAUUCAAACGAUGCUCAGUUGCGUGAUUGUUGACUUUUAAAUAAUGCAUUAACGUGUAGUGAUGAGAAACUGUUUGACCAAAAUAAACAAGAACACGAUGUUCACUGCGAUGGGUUAAAUUACUUAGCCGGCUUUACGUCUCUGCCAGCUGAUUCUUUCUGCAUGAUGGACACUAACAGCUGGAAAAAAAAGGCUAAAACUCUUGCGUAUGCUUU